AUGUCUGUUAACUGCCAGCAGAGCAGCAGCUGUCCUAUUCCCAGCCGUUUCGGUAACUCAAAGGACUGGCCCCUGCUACCCGACUCCUACAGCCAGACUCCCGAUGGAACGCUCUUCUCCACCACGCCCGGGGGAACUAAGAUCAUCUACGAAAGGAAGUUCUUGCUGGAAUGUCGUAACUCUCCCAUUGCCCGUACCCCCCCCUGCUGCCUCCCCCACAUCCCCGGAGUGACUGCGCCCCCGCUGGGAAAGCUGCCUGAGGGGAUGGAGAAUAGCCCCCACCUGGCAGGUGAUUCUUGA